AUGCAAAAUAUAAACAAUGAAAAUUCUAUUAAUCAAGAUUGUGGAUAUAUAUUUCCAAACAAUUUUAAUUUUUGUCAAAAUAAUAAUAAUAUAGCUGUAUCUCAGACAACAUUCCCAACUAUGAAUUUUCAAAGCAAUGAUGAAAGCAAUAUAGCAUCCAUGAUAAUACCUGCUUCCGAAACAAAUAGCUUACCACAGUAUUCAAUAUCUGAUGUCCAAUUACAAUUGUCAGAAAAAGAUUCAUCUGAUGUAAGACAACUACUGAUAAGUUGGAAUUUAAAUGAUAUAAUUGAUACAUGUUUAAAAGAACUAAUUGAUAUAAGCAUACUUAAGUCUAUGUCCCAGUCACAGUCAGAAAAACUUUUAUCUUCAUUUCCGUACGGAAUAAAAAUAAAAUUUUGGAAUUCUUUGAAGACUUGGCAAAAUACUUUCAAUGUGGAUAAUACAAAUUGCAGUGAACAUGAAAUUGCUAAAAAUAAUUAUGUUAUAGAUAACACUCCUGUUAGUUUGAUCGAAAAAUCUUUGAUUAAUUUAGCAAGCAUAUUAAAUGACUAUUCUCAAGGAAAACUAAUUGUUGAUUACUUCAAAAAUCAUGGAAAACUCAAUGAUGCCUGCAGGAAUAUUUUGCACAAGAUAUUUGGUGCAUUCCCUACUGAAAUUAAGGAAAUAUAUUUUGUAAGAGGUACAACUAAUACUUCACCGAAAGGAAAACUGUAUGCGAAGUACUACAACUCACUACGAGCUUUAAAAAAAGGAGGGUUACUUCAAAAAUCCAAAAAAAGUUACAAUUCUAACAUUUUGACAAGGAGUGAACUGGAAUCAAAUUUUGAAUCUGAAACGGAUAUAGAUGAUCACUUAAGCUCAAUAAGACACAACACAUGCGCUUGGCCAGACAUGGAAAUACACUGGCAAGCUACAAUAAAAUAUAGAUUAAAUCAUAUUCAAACUUGUGAAAGUACAAAAUCUAUUAUGGAUUAUUGGCCAAAUUAUAAAAUGCCACUCGGUUACAAACUGAUUGAUAUAGAUUUCAAGUUUAAGUUUUCUCAAUGCGAAAAUAUGUUGACAAACUAUGAUAAAAUAUUUGAUAAAUUUUUAAGCUUAAUUAAAAUAAAAGUUAAAGAUCCGGCUUCACAAAAAGUGUUAACUGAAAUGGAAAAUACUGAUAUUGAUGAAAAUAGGCGCAAUGCUUGUUUUUUUUAUCUUCUUCAUUCGGAUUCACAAUCUUCUUUUAUAAUAUUUGCUCAUACUGUAGAAGAAAUUGAAGAAACAAUUAGUUCUCUGAAAGAAAAGGGGGAUCCCAUACAGCCAUUUGUAAUGGUAGUGGGUACUAUUAUUAAACCUAAAGAAAUUUUGGUUUUUUUUGAUUAUGCAAAAUUUAAAGUGUACUCUGUUGUUAGAGCAGUGGAUAUUUGUUUCAAAAUUAUUCAUCUAUUUCAUUUAAAAUAUCCAUUACAAUGUACUAUGGUUUGGCAUUUUUUGCAAAAAAUGUUAUACAAGUUGGAAACCCCAUAUGAUACUGUGUUACCUCAAGUUUCAAAAAUUAUAUCUGAAUUAAAUUAG